CAGAGGCGGGAGGGGAGCAAGUCCUGGACGAGGUUUGAGCCAGAAGCACUCCACUCUCGACUUAAAUCGACAUUCCUUGGUUAGUAAGGCUCGCAGAACUGAGCAAAACAUUUCAAGGUGCGUAUUUACGCACGGCGACGAAAUAUUCUCGGUUUUAUCUAGCUGUGGAAGCCUGCGGACAAAGGAAGGCAGAAAAGCUGGAGUACAACAACUGACUUGAGAGGAGAGGAGUACUGUUGCAGGGGGAACAGGGGAAUCUGCAGUCGGAAGUGAUUUGUCUUUUUUCGGAAAUGUAAGUUUCGUCCAGAAAUUGGGGGAAGAGGCGAAUCUGUUUGGAAACAGAGGAGAAAGGGACAAAAAGUGGAGUGGUGAGUGGAAUCAGUCCUCAAACAGCAUCCAGAUCCUCGGAGCAUGGGAGGAGUUGUCUGCCAGCUGUAAAAUGUUCCCGCUACAUCGAGAGAGGGAGCAGCCCAUCUUCAGCGCUCGAGCUCAUGUCUUCCAGAUUGACCCGGCCACUAAACGCAACUGGCUUCCGGCCAGCAAACAUGCCGUCACAGUGUCCUUCUUCUACGAUGCCAGCCGCACCGUCUACCGCAUCAUCAGUGUGGGCGGGACCAAGGCCAUCAUCAACAGCACCAUCACCCCCAACAUGACCUUCACUAAAACCUCCCAGAAGUUCGGCCAGUGGGCUGACAGUCGGGCCAACACCGUCUACGGACUGGGCUUCUCUACAGAGCAGCAGCUGCAGCAGUUUGCAGAGCAGUUUAAGGAGGUGAAGGAGGCGGCACGUCUGGCCAGAGAGAAAUCUCAAGAGAGGUUUGAACUGGCCAACCCGGCUCUCAACAUUGCAGCUCCAGAGGAGCUGUCAGAGGAGCGCCACUCCCCGCCGCUGCUGACAGUUAAUGGGCCAGGCGAGGAAAAGCUGUUUCGCAGCAAGAGUGCUGAAGUCGAGCUGACGGUGGAGAAGGAGAAAGUCAAAAAAAUGUUGUCUGAAGGGUCCAUGUGUGAGAUAAACCUGGAGGCCGAGCUCUUCACGCUGCAGGACAGUAAUGCUAAGCUGGUGGCAGCUCUGCAGGAAGCCAACAGCAGCGUGGAGCAGUGGAAGCAGCAACUGGCUGAAUACCAGGAGGAGACCGACCGCCUCAAAGACCAGGUGGCAGAGCUUGAGGGCCAGCUGGGACAUCCUGCUGCUGGCCAGUCUGCGAGAGAGGAGCUGAGUCGGUCCCUGGAGGAGCUGGAAGCACAGCUGAGCGCCAAAGAUCAGGAGAUUCACAGUCUACAGAGCAAGAAAACAGAUGUGGGUGAGCUGGAGAAGGAAAGAGAAGAGACCAUACAGAGACUUGAGGAUCUGGAGAGACUCAACAGUGACCUGGAGGAUCAGGUCAAGAGUACUGAGAACACACUGGCAUCUAGCCGGGAGGAGCAGAACCAGGCGGAGGCCGAGGUCCAACGCAUCAUCGAAGUUCUGGACGUCAAAAUCUGUGACCUGAACGACUUGAGACAGAGCCUGGCAAAACUCAUCGACAAAUAGCCACAGCGGCAGUCGAGUUGCAUCUCCAUCGUCAGCUCUGCUUCCAACCAUGGGGCUUUGAUUUGUGUUUUAGUGGUUUGUCAGCAGGGCAACAAUCAAAGCACUAUGGAGGAACAUUCGCUGAUGUUUACCUUCAUGGAUCUGCGUUCAUGAGAUCGGUGCAGGUAAACAACAGGUAUCAGAAACCUCUUUUUAAGGUGCUAUGUGCAGAAUAAAACAGUAUUGUGACAUUAAUACUGCAGCCUUGGUAUGAUUAUCAUAAACAGUUGACCGUGUGGUCUAACUUGCUACUACAUGUUAUGUCAUUUAGCCCCUGAAGAGGAUAAUAGGAUUUAUAGUUUUUAGUCUUUUCAUUAUCUGCCAUCAAUGAACAAUCUGAAAGCUUUCCACCAAUUUGCUCUAGAGCAGCAGCACUCGCCUCCUCUUUAUGAAGUUAUAGCAGUCCAGCGUGUUCUGUCUGCAUUUUAUAUUGUAAAACAUUAGAUUCUGAGUAGUGGCUCCUGAAUGGUCUGAAUUGUUUAUGGUAAUUUUACUUAAGGCAGAGGAUUGAGGUUAUCAUUUAUUGAUAGCAAAUAAUACUUAAAGCACCUUGAGGAAUUGAACCAAAAUGAACUCUGUGCUUGCUAUUUUGCAAAAGUAGACAUGUUAUACCCGUGAGUCUGAUUUGAUGGGAUGUAUCUUUAUUUAAUACCGAGAGGGUGAUCCACUUUUAUGAAAUGAUUACUUGAAAUACUGAAUUAAGAGGCAAAAACAAACUACGAAAGAAACAAAGCAAGUUCCUGACUGUUUAAUAAAAGCUUUCCUGCAGAGAAGGUAGACCUGCAGUCCCAAAACAUCACACCUAUUAAAACUUUAAAUGGUUGAAAAAUAAAGUUUUAUGUGCAAUUAGAUUUUAAUACCUAUAUGAAUCAUAAAUAUUUGAUCAUAAUUCUGCACUUCUGGUUUAUAGAAACAACAAUAAAACUGUCUAUAAAUGUUGUGUUGGCUUCAGUUUGGCAGAAGUCUCCUGACACAUUAGACAGACUAUAUAUGAAGUUAGCCCUGUGGAGAUAACCUUUUAUAGAUAUGUAUUUUCUCCCAAUGCUUUGUAGGGCUCAGUAGUCACUGCAAGUACUAGACAUGUCUACUUUUACACAAUAACAACUUUGAGUACAGUUCAUGUUGAGGACACCAUAUGUUCAUUACUGUGGAACUGUACAUAGGAAGAGUUUGGUCAGGAUAAGGACACAUCGAGGCAAAAACACCUGAAUAACACCAGCUCACCAUCAGCCGGCUGGACUUGCCUCACACCAGCCAGAACAAAACAAACUCAUAGAUCCAACACAUUUCCCGAACUUGUCCUCCCAAGAAUAGCCAUUGUACAACUUUUUUACUCCAUGUCUUCUAAGGACUGCUCUUUUUCUCAACACUAUAUUCUAUUAUUCAUGCUCAUUGAUGGGUUACUCACUGUCAGAAUGGGAAAUUGGAGAUUGCUACCAUCUGAUUUUCUGUUAAAUUCAAGCUGCUACAAGGCCCCUUUACCGGGUAAAUCAGCAUUUGAAGGAGAGGUCCAGACAUGUUGAUGUGGCCUGUGGACAGAGACACUACUUUCCCACCCUGCUGAGUUCAACCUUCGGGCUACACUUGAUUACGUUUGUGCCAAGUUUGUUUUGUUUACAUGUGUUAAUGUUCACAAAACCAUCCGGUUCUACUUUAUGUACAUGUUCUUCUUUGCUCAACACUAACACUCACCAUAACAGUAAACAAUAACCCACAGAGCAUAGAUCACAAAGAGAGCACUGCAUGAGUUCUGCAGUAGCCCGUAGCUGCGUGUGUACGCACAAUACUUAGCAGGCUUCAACAUGAGAGCUCGAUUUCAAAAGUACUUGUCUGUCAGCUUUGUAUGCGAACCUCUGAUGUACAGUAUCUAUUGAUUACCCCUCCCGAUGACUUAUUGAUUUCAUCAUGUGACAGUAAUAUAGGUACAAAUAAUGUGCAUCUCAAUAUGCAGUAACUGCUACAAGCCUAUUAACAUGUCGAAGUGAUGGUAAUAUAUUAAACUACCAGAUAAAGAACCCUUUUAUUACAUUAACCAGCAAUUAUUACAUAUAGGGGUUGCUGAUGGUUUAUUUAUAAUGACACUGUUUAAUAUAUAGCUUGAGUUUGAUCUCAUGACCUACCAGAUUGCACAGAAAUAUCACAUUUACUGUCCUAACGCAGUACUGGCAGUCAAUGUUAUUUUCAUCAAUCUGUCAAGUUAGAUAACCACAUUGGAGUUCUGACAUCAGCUGCUACCUGCAAGAAUUAAUGAAUUAGCAAUAAUGUUUUUAGCAUAGAUGCCUGAUCAUAGAUAAUAAGACAUUGGUAAAGCCUUUUCAUCGAUUUCAACAACAGAAGUGCUUUUUCACAACUGGAUUUAUUAAUGGCUUCACCAGAAUAUGCCCGAUUGCGACCAGCCUUAUAUUAAGCAUGGAGUAAAUGUAGAGGCCAUCGACGCCUCUGCUCAAGCUCAUCAUGGUUGAUGUCACAAACGCUUUGCUUCACCAGGGCCUUAUUCCAGUGUAGCACUAAUGCACAAUAACGCUGUAAAUACAUUACUGUGUAUACACACACAAAUGGGAGCUAGUCUGCAACAGCAAUUUCAGUAAUUUCGUAAGUUUAACUUUUUUUUGAAAAGAUAUCUAUGAGACAAUUCAAGGAUCUGCUACUUAUGUACAUAUUGUUUCAAUAUGGCUGCCCUGUAUUUGCAUACAUUUUCUAACCCCUUAUUAAAGGGGAUGCUUUAUUCUGAGAAAUGCAUUAAUCACCAGCUUAUGCACAAUGAGGGAAAUCAGAAAAAUUAAAUCGUACAGUAAACAAUGUUUUUAAUACGAGAAUCCUUUUUAUAUUGUAUACACUGGAAUAAGGCCUUUUAAAAACCUGUUCAAGGCCACAACAAAAAUGCAGCACCAAAGAUGCACCACUGUCGUGAUAAAGCCACUUAACUGGAAAAACACAACUUCAUCUCAGAUGUUUUAAAUCUUACUUGUUUUGAUGUAAUUGCUCAGUGUCCACAUUUUAUUUCAGUACGACCCAAAUUACCUCACAAUGUGUUGGUCAAUAAGAGGAAAAGAGAUGACUGGCGUUGGUCUGUUCGGAUGCUGUUUUGAUCUUUUGUAAGAAUACCUUAGCUUGUGGAGCGCAGAUAUUUGUAUGGUACAGUAUUUGAAAAUAUGAGAUGAGUUCCUUAUAUUUGUAUAGAACUGUCUGACAUUAAAACCCAGUCAUGCAAA